GCUGGGGCGGCCGGCGCGAGGUACACGGCUGGGGCCGGAGCUGAGCAGGAGAGGAGGCCGCGGCCAGGGGCGGCGGAGCAGCAGGAGCCGGGCGGGCCGGGCUCCAUGGCGCCAGCAGCGUCGGUCUGAGCAGCGCGGGUAGCGGCGGGCGGAUCGGGCCGCGGCUCCUCCUCGUCAUGGGGGACGUGCUGUCCACUCACCUGGACGACGCUCGGCGCCAGCACAUCGCAGAGAAAACUGCGAAGGUUCUGGGGGAGUUCCUCCGCUUCUAUGAGGACCAGUAUGGUGUGGCACUCUUCAACAGCAUGCGCCACGAGAUUGAGGGCACUGGGCUGCCGCAGGCACAGCUUCUCUGGCGCAAGGUGCCCCUGGAUGAGCGCAUCAUCUUCUCAGGCAACCUCUUCCAGUACCAGGAGGACAACAAGAAGUGGAGGAACCGCUUCAGCCUUGUGCCCCACAAUUAUGGGCUAGUGCUGUAUGAGAACAAAGUGGCCUACGAACGGCAGGUGCCACCCCGAGCCAUCAUCAACAGUGCAGGCUACAAAAUCCUCACCUCCGUGGACCAGUACCUAGAGCUAGUUGGCAACUCUUUACCAGGGACCACAUCGAAAUCAGGCACCGCCCCCAUCCUCAAGUGCCCCACGCAGUUCCCCCUCAUCCUCUGGCAUCCAUAUGCACGUCACUACUACUUCUGCAUGAUGACAGAAGCCGAGCAGGACAAGUGGCAGGCUGUUCUGCAAGACUGUGUCCGGCACUGCAACAAUGGCAUCCCUGAAGACUCCAAAGUGGAAGGCCCUGCGUUCACGGACGCCAUCCGCAUGUACCGCCAGUCAAAGGAGCUGUACGGCACGUGGGAGAUGCUGUGUGGGAACGAGGUGCAGAUCCUGAGCAACCUGGUGAUGGAGGAGCUGGGCCCCGAGCUGAAGGCAGAGCUGAGCCCACGGCUGAAGGGAAAGGCGCAAGAGCGGCAGCGGCAGUGGAUCCAGAUCUCGGAUGCUGUGUACCGCAUGGUGUACGAGCAGGCCAAGAACCACUUUGAGAGUGUGCUGUCCAAGCUGCAGCUGGCCCGGCCAGCCAUGGAGGCCGUCAUCCGCACCGACAUGGACCAGAUCAUCACCUCCAAGGAGCACCUGGCCAGCAAGAUCCGAGCCUUUAUCCUCCCGAAGGCCGAGGUGUGCGUGCGGAACCACGUUCAGCCCUACAUCCCGUCCAUCCUGGAGGCCCUGAUGGCGCCCACCAGCCAGGGCUUCGCCGAGGUUCGCGACGUCUUCUUCAAGGAGGUCACGGACAUGAACCUGAAUGUCAUCAACGAGGGCGGCAUCGACAAACUGGGCGAGUACAUGGAGAAGCUGUCCCAGCUGGCCUUCCACCCCCUGAAGAUGCAGAGCUGCUACGAGAAGAUGGAGCCACUGCGGCUUGACGGGCUGCAGCAGCGCUUCGAUGUGUCCAGCACGUCUGCGUUCAAGCAGCGAGCCCAGAUCCACAUGCGCGAGCAAAUGGACAACGCAGUGUACACCUUCGAGACGCUUCUGCACCAGGAGCUGGGGAAGGGGCCCACCAAGGAGGAGCUGUGCAAAUCCAUCCAGCGGAUCCUGGAGCGAGUGCUGAAGAAAUAUGACUACGACAGCAGCUCUGUGCGUAAGAAGUUCUUCCGGGAGGCGCUGCUGCAGAUCGCCAUCCCCUUCCUGCUCAAGAAGCUGGCCCCCACCUGCAAGUCGGAGCUGCCCCGCUUCCAGGAGCUGAUCUUCGAGGACUUCGCCCGGUUCCUCCUGGUGGAGAACACGUACGAGGAGGUGGUGCUGCAGACGGUCAUGAAGGACAUCCUGCAGGCUGUGAAGGAGGCCGCCGUCCAGCGCAAGCACAACCUGUACCGGGACAGCAUGGUCAUGCACAACAGCGACCCCAACCUGCACCUGCUGGCCGAGGGCGCCCCCAUCGACUGGGGUGAGCAGUACGGCGGCGACAGCGGUGAAGACAGCGGGGGAAGCAGCGGCAGCCCCAGCCUUGGGGCCCCCGAUGCAGUCACCCCCUCUGAGAAGCGCCGUCGGGCCAAGCAGGUGAUGUCUGUGGUCCAGGACGAGGAAGCCGGGCUGCCCUUGCAGGCUGGCUCUGAGCCGCCGUCCCCUGCGUCCCCGGACAGUGUCACCGAGCUCCGCGGCCUCUUGGCUCAGGAUCUGCAGGCUGAGAGCCCCCCGCCAGCCGGCCCCCUGCUCAACGGGGCUCCUGCCCAGGAGAGCCCCCAGCCCAGGGCCGCCCCCCAGGCCGCCUCGCCGCCCGCCUCACCCCUCCGGCAUCCCUCACCCGGAAAGGCUAUGGACCUCGAGCCCCCCAAGCCCAGUGACCAGGAGACCGGGGAGCAGGUGACCAGCCCUGGCAGCCGCCCCCCCAUCCACACCACCACUGAGGACAGCGCUGGGGUGCAGACGGAGUUCUAGUCUGGUCGCCCUGUUCCCGUGGACACCGCGAGGGGCUGCACCCCCAAGGCAUGGCGGGCCAGCGUGGCAGCGGGGGUGGAGGUGGGCAGGGUGGGGUGCCCCUCUUUGCUCUUCUGCGGGCUCACCUCGAAGGCGGGGGCUGGUUUCAAGGUUUCACUUUGUGGGGGGCUGGGCACAGCUGGGGAGCCCCUCCAUCCUGCCCUGGCUGCCACCUCCAUUCCCUUCAUGAUGGCCCUUGCUGUCUUCUGGGGGAGCCAGAGCUUCAGUGCUUAGGUGAAAUCCUCUCGCGCCUGCCCCUCAACAUGGGGAGGAAGGGGGGAGGGAGAUGAGCACCCAGGCCCCUCUGUCCUGCCCUCUGCCCUAUUUGUCCCCCCCAAGCCAGGAGGGUUCACCCAGGGCUGAGAGAAGCCAAGGAGGGGGAGGGGCUUGGCCUCAGGAGUGCGAGGGAGGUAUUGGGGCGGGGUCUCCUAGGAGGAGGGCCAGGGGCCUGGGGAUGAAAUGAGGAAGGCUGGAAUGUGCUGGAAGGUGUAGAGGGGCAGUGUGAGGGGAAGGGAGGAGCUGGUCUCUGGGGACCGGCGGGGCUGAGUGAGAGGAGGUGACAGAGUGAAGGUCACUUGCAAUGGAGGGUAGUCUGUGGGGGACUCUCCAGUCUUGGGGUUCCCUCUGCCAGUGGAGGGCUUGGUGGCUUUGGCAUCCUCCAAGGUACUACUCACUGCCCACAGGAAGCUGGAGGGGCUCCGGAGAGGCCGAGGGGGGGGGGGAGGCUCCCCAGGACACGAGGUGUGUGUGGCCCCUGAGUGUCACCGGACAGUUCUGAGCCUGUCUCUGUGAGUCACUUUGGGCUUGGCUGUUGUUGGCCCUUCCCUAGCUUCCAAUUCCUGGGCACAGGGUUAAGUCAAGGUUACCCCAACUUGACAGGCCCCCCCACAACUCCCUCCCCCUACUUCCUCAGCCUCUUCUCUGCUGCUGGGGAUAGGAAGGAGGGCAGAAUGGAAAUUGUUCCCAGUGAAGUCCAAGCUCCCCCUGAACAGGGCGCCUUACACCCCAGGACGAGGCUGGGGCUCAGGGACACCCAGUCCCCAGCCCCCAUCUGAUCCAGUCUCUGAUCUUUUCUGUGCUCUCUAGUGCCUUGGGGUUUUGAUCAUCCUUCCCAGAUGUGGUAUUGAGAAUACUAUGCAAACUGUUUACGCUUCUGCUAAUCAAUAAAUGCUUUAUUUAAA